AUGGCGCGUCCCGUCAAGCAGCAAAUCGCGGCUCCGUUCGUCCCUCCCCAUCGCUCGCCCAUAGCAAAAUCCGUCACGGCAGUCGUGACAGACGCAACGGUCGCGGCGGGAAUGACGGCGCUCGUCGACCCGCUGUUUCGCGCCGUCGCUCUCGCCCUCGUCGACCCCGUGCACUACCCGCUACUGCAGUCCGCCACCCGCGCGAUAUCCGCUGCUGCAGCCCGUCGCCCCACCGGCUCGAGGUCCCGCUACUGCUGCGCUAGCGACGACGAGCUGCGCGAGGGCGCUCGUCGCGCCCCACCGUUACGGCCCCCCCAGUUCACCUGCGGACCCGCGAGCAAGAGAGAUAGCAGAUCCGCGGACCCGCCUUCAGCGAGCGAGCCAGCGGACCCGCGAACCCGCCUUCAGCAAGCCCGUCGACGGACCCGCCGACGGGCUCGUCACAGGGCCCGCCGACGGACCCGCCGUCGGACCCGCCAACGAGAGCGCCAGCAAGCCCGCCUGCGACUCGCCACCCACACCCGCGCGACCCAUUCCUGCCCCGCUUGCAUCUGCUACGCCAGUUACUGCCGUUUCGUCCCGUUCCCGCCGCCCCACCCGGAACCCGAUGCCCCACCUGUACCCGGCCGCCUGCCCGUCUCCCCCCCCCGUCGCAACUGUUCGCGUGUGCAGCGGCGGUCACUGUGGGUGGGAGAGGGAGGACAGGAAGGGAUUGGCGGCCCAACCGACGCGCCAGCCAGCUCGCACCCCGCCCAUCUCCCGUACGCCAUCCGCAUCUGCACGACCGGUCCCUGCCCCACCUGCAUCUACCGCGACUGCAGCUUCGUGCCCCACCCGUUCCACCCGUUCUGCCUGUGUCCUGCCCGUGUUCUGCCCGUGAUCCUGCCCGUGAUUCUGCCCGUGAUUCUGCCCGUACUGCUGCCCGUGAUUGUGCCCGUGAUUAUACCCGUGUAUUGCCCGUACUUCCCCCCCGUGUCCUGCCCCGUUCUGCCCGUGUUGGCCUGUUCUGCCCGUGCUGCCCCGUUCUGCCCGUUUGUGUCCUACCCGUGCUGUCCGUACCCGUUGAUGCCCCACCCGUGCUGUCAGUUCUCGCUCGUGCCCCACCCGGUCUGUGCUGCCCGGUCUCGUGUUGCCCGUCACCCCCGUGCGGCCCGUCCCGUACAGCACCUAGUUGCUACCCGAACCCGCUACCCGUACCCGUGCUCCUCGCACACCGUGCACCAGCUGCGGGGCGUUCAACCGCAGCCGGGCACCUGUUCCACCGCGGUGGUUCAGAUGCUGCUUGGUGGUUGCUGCUUGUCAGCUUCAGAGGGGGCCCCUUGCUGGUGUUCCCACGCCCUGUAA